GCAAUUUAUCAAAAAUGAAAAUAGCUAGUGAUAGAGAAUGUUGAACUUUUAGGCUACAGGUGCCAUGCUUUUAUUUUCCUUCGUAUGAUCACGUGGUGAAGGAUUUUAUCUGCCGGUCUGUUUGUUGAUAAGAACAUCUUUGGCAAGAACUGUGUUCAGUGGCAAACUCAAGUUGGCUAUCCGUGAACGCUGUAACAGUUACGGAAUUAGGUUUUCAAACUUUACACAAUGGUUGUUUCCGUGCAUGUCAUUUUGCGAUCUAGGCAUAUUUCGGCUCUUACAUGUCGUGUGCUGCAUAAAAUAAGUAAUGUAGAAGCCGGCAGUAGUAGUAAAAGGGUAAAUUUUGCUAGAUGUCUCAGCACGACAGUUCCGAAGACAACAGGAGAUCUGAGGUUCAGUGCAAAACACGAAUGGAUAUUGUAUGAUGGAAAAGUGGGCACAGUUGGAAUUUCAGACCACGCACAGGAUUCGUUGGGGGAAGUGGUGUAUGCCCAACUGCCAGAUGUAGGAUCCAUUGUCAAAAAAGAUGAUGAAUGUGGUGCACUGGAAAGUGUGAAAGCUGCCAGUGAACUGUACAGUCCUAUAUCAGGAAAAGUAGUAGAAAAGAACACAUCUGUUGAAGAAAAGCCUGGUUUGAUAAAUAAAUCCUGUUACAAAGAAGGUUGGCUGUUCAAAGUAGAGGUUACAAAACCAGAGGAACUAGAGAAGCUGAUGACUGAGGCAGAUUAUAAAGAGUUCUUAAAGUCAGAAGAAAAUUAGGCUGGGAUAUUUGUUUGUUACGGAAUAUUCACAAUGUUCUGGAUCAUAAUUGUUAUUGAAAGAACAUCAUUUUAUUAAAUGGCUUUUUAUAUGUAUAAAGCAUUUUGUGUAAUGACUACACAUUUUUGAAACUGCAUUUUCUGUUAUGAUGUGUAAUAUGUUUUAGUCAUGUUGAGAAGGAAAUGAAGCUGCACAAAAUGAGUUUUCAUAUUUAUUGCAAUUAAAGGCUUCUCUGUAGCAUCUA